UCCAGCGCAUCUCUGUGACGUCCCCGCACGCGCUCGGAUGCCGUUACGUCCUAAACAUCACGAGCACGCAUCUUUGGCCGUUCUCCUUCUCCCGUGUGCUUUCGGGGCGUUGUCAAAGCUGGGGGUCUGCGGCGGCGGCGGCGGAGGCGGCGACAUGCAGCGGAACGCGGUGGUCGUGGUGGCGGAUAAAACGAGCCUAAAGAGGCCGUUCAUAUUCGCCUGCGCCGUCAAUAUGGCUCUGUGCUUCUUCAUGCUGACCAUGACGGCGGUGGGACACCGGGACCUCCUGCAAGCGGGCCAGCUGGUGUCCAACGUGUCCGUGGUGAUUUUGUACAUCUUGGAGAUAGCCUGCCUGCUGCUGUCCGUGCUCGGCGUCUUCGGCGCCUGCACGGGGAGGAGGUGGUGUUUGAUUCUGUUUGCAGCCGGCAUGGCGGCAGCCAGUCAAACAAUCAUCGUCAAAACAGCACUAAGCUACCAGGACAUUUAUGAGACAGGGGUGGCAAGAGAGGAGUCCAAAUUGCUGUCCAUGAUGCCCCUGAGUGCCACCAGCAAAGUCAACAGGACCUUGCUUCACAGUAUUCAAGCGCAUUUUAAAUGCUGCGGGCUCGUUGAAGGCUACAAAGACUGGGGCACAGCCAUCCCCGCUUCUUGUCAUUGUCAUUCGCCGGGGAAAUGCAUACGACUGCGAGGAAGCGCCACUCUGGGGGCUCCAAAGAACCAAUAUGUCUAUCAGGAGGCUUGCCUACAAAUCUACGUCUCAGCAUUGAAGCGAGCUUUCUCACUGGCCAUGGGAAUUAAAUUUGGAAGUGGAGUGUUUUGGGCAGUCCUUUUGGUGAUGAGCCUGAAGCUGAUGGUGCAGAUGAAGCGCAAACAGGAGUUCAUGGCUCUGCUCCAGUCCAAUCGAUACGUCCCCGGUGCCUUCUAGUCACCCCGGAGCGACCCUUCUUUGAAUUUGCACAUGUCAAACACAAUAUGCUGUAUACCAUUAAUAACCAGGCUAUCAUUUGAAUAUGUACCAAUUAAAAUGCACGUAAACAUGACAUGUAACCCACAUGCAUUUUGCCUAUAAAUGAUGAAUGAUGGUCCCGUUUAACGUUUAUCAGGUACAAUUAUGAGCUGUAUAUGAUUAUCUUAGCAGGUUAACCAGCGUACUAUCCCAGCAUGCACUGGGGGAAAUGAUAUUUCCACACACUUAGAAAGUCAGGUAUGAAUAUAAUAGAGAAAUAUAUGUAACCGACUCUUUAUGUAUGUAGCACAGUGUUUGCAAUGUUAUUUAACCAGAUCGCUACAGGUUUGAAUGGCUAAACAGGACUCAACAGAAAUGACUGAGAAUGUUACCACACAUUGUACACACUGGAAACCUCCGUUUGUAUAAAAGCACAUGUAUAGAGUCGUCAUGUUUGAUUUUGCAAACGCUUCUCAUCAUUGAUUUCAUCCAUUUUCAAUUUGUUUGAAACGAUGAAAAUGUGUGCACUUUGAAGCCAAUAAUGUAUACCGGUAUUAUUCAUGCAUUUUUGGGGGGACUUUUUUUGCAUCAGAUGAACAUACAAUGUAUUCACCAUGUCAUAUACUUGACUGUAAAUAGUGGAAAUGAAAUGUGAUAAUUGUUCCUUUUGUUUUUUUUUUUUCAA